AUGCGCUUCAUCCUUGUUCUGCUACUGCUCGCUACCGUAGCCGCCGGCUGCAUCAACCCGGAUGAGUAUUGUCCGGAGGCUCACCCCUGGCGUACUGAACGUCCACACCGCAACCUGAAAGACACACGCUACUGCUCGACGUCGCUUGACUGUAGGACCGAUCCUGAUUUUCCGAAUGGGGGCGGUGGUAAUGGCGGUGAUGCUCACCUGAAAGACCGCCACCUCCUCCUUGGUGAAGAUACGGAUCAUGAAGCUGCUCAUCUUGUGGGCCAUCCCAGUCGUCGGUACUGUAGCAGCCCGCUGGACUGCAAGCCGGGCGAGUCGUGCAGAAAGUUCAAAAAAGUUCUUGCGUUCAACACCGGCCAAUGCUUGCCGAUUCAAAGCCCCGGGAAA